AUGUCAGGAACGAUGGAUACCUCGGAUGACGAUAAUUCGGAGCACUCGCAAGGAGAGAAAUCCUUCAAGGCUCGGUGGACGAAGCACGAGGAUGCCGCCCUCAAGCAGCUGGUCGAGCAAUGUGGCGAACGGUGGGAGAUUAUCUCGAAGUUGCUGAAGGAUCGCAGUGACGUCCAGUGCCAGCAGCGAUGGGCAAAGGUGGUCAAUCCGGAUCUUAUCAAAGGACCGUGGACAAAGGAGGAGGAUGACAAAGUGGUGGCUUUGGUGGCGAAAUACGGACCCAAAAAAUGGACCCUAAUUGCACGGCACCUGCGAGGACGCAUCGGCAAACAGUGCAGAGAACGAUGGCAUAACCAUCUGAACCCGAACAUCAAAAAAUCGGCCUGGACGGACGAGGAAGAUAUGUUGAUCUACCAAGCGCACACGCAGUACGGCAACCAGUGGGCCAAGAUAGCGAAACUGCUCCCCGGACGGACAGACAAUGCGAUCAAAAAUCACUGGAACUCGACGAUGCGCCGGAAGUACGAAGGUCCGGAUGCAGCACGCCGGCGAGUGAAGCUGAUCGGCACGACAAAUCAGCACCAGCAGCAUCAACUGCAGCACCACGAUUAUGAGCAAACGACGGGACGGAAUAGCUCGGCGGGUGACAAUGGCGAGGGCAAUUCCAGCAGCGAAUCAAAAAUGCUGAUAAAGCGCUAUCCGCCUCAGGAAAGCUUGCAGAACCUUAUCCGCAACAAUCGCAAAAAACCGUCGAUCGACGAAAACCUGUUCGUCGAAGAAAUCCCGCUGGAAGAAGGACACAUUGAGGAUAAAGUUGCGGUAUCGACUGAGCAGGGCGAUUUUCUCAUUUGCCCGAUGCCUGACCGCCAGAAGCAAUACCUCAUCGAACCGGUGUAUCCGUCGCGGUUGAGCGGGAAGUUGUACAACGAUGCCAAUCAGACAACUAACAACAAUAACAACAACAACACUGUGGAAGGACAUUCGGUUGUCGGUGGAUACCAGGGGACAGGCGCUCAGCAGCAAUAUCUUCCAGCUAAUAUCGAUCUGCACGAGCUGAUCAACGCGUCGAGGAAUGAAGACGAUUCGAUUGAUCUGGCAGAUCGCAAGGGAAAACACACGACCCCAAGUAUCCUUCGUAGAAAGCGGAAGCUCAAGGAUGAGAACGAAUUGAUGCAUCAAAUUCAUGCGUUGCAGCCGGAAUACAUCGAGCAUCAGGGUAAUGGCCCACCGGCCCAUGAAGGCAACGCUCAUCGUGGUGCGAUCGUUAUUGAAAAAAUGCACCUGCUGUCCCCAUCCAUUACACCUAUCAAACCGUUACCGUUUUCACCGAGUCAGUUCCUGAACUCACCGAGCCUGAACGUAUCUUUCGAUCAGCUUCCAGCUAGCACGCCCGUCAAACGAGCAGCAUUUAAACAGAACGACACUAGUCUAUUGAGUACCCCAGUUCCAGUGAAGGAAGCGUUGGUAAAGCUUGAACCAAAAGUUGAACCCGAGAAGGUGGCCGAAAAAGAAGAGGAAGGAAAAAUCAAAACUCCAUUGAAGGAUGUCGGAAAGGCUACCAUAGAACCGCGCACUCCUACUCCGUUCAAGAAUGCCAUGGCUGAGCUAGGAAGACGUCGCUCGGAAAUUUAUGUGCCGCCGAGUCCUGCCCGUAUUGGCGAGGAUAUUGCGGAGAUAAUGAACCAAGAACAAGCAAAGGAAAAUUCGGCCGAAUCGUCUUCAACACUAGUUGGCAGUGACACAGCGACAGACAAUAAAAUGGUCACUAAUGGCAACUCGCGAGCGAUGAACUCGAAGGAAAACAAUGUUCCCCCGCGCGUCUGUGUGCCAGGAUCUCCGCGAUUGCCCAUGAAAAUAUCAUCUUCUGUCUUUACGCAACAGUGGGAAAAUUCUGAUAUGAGCUUUUUUGCCGAAACCCCGAGCAAAUCACUUAUUUCGGAUUCUGGAGUAACGCUUUCACCGUCGUUGCGGGACCCCUUGCGUGAAGCGGAGCUACUAUUGGAAGGUAACGAUGGCGCAAAGGAUUCCGCCAACACGUCGGGCAAUAAACUUGGCAAGGUUGUCUCACCGUUGCCAAUCGAUCCUAAAUGGGAAAAGUACGCAUGUGGAAAGACACGUGAUCACAUCAUCAUCUCACAGCAAGCGCACGCCUGUUUGAAGAAAACGUCCCUUCAGCCAAGGUCGUUGAAUUUCUAUAAAUAA